AUGAAAAGUGCUGCCCGUGUGCUGCACCGCGCAGCAGUAAGAGGUUUGAAGAGGUUUUUUUCAAAAAACAAACAACACCUAAGAAAACAACGCUGCAUUCUUGAUAUCAUCCCAAAUCAAUACAAGAACUCAGGGAUUGAAGAUUUUGUUAACUACAUCAGAAGCUACCCCUUCGCUAUGCAUUUGGAGAUUUUCUUGAGCCAUUAUACCCUAAGCAUGUAUGUGAGUUCUAUUAUUCUUGCACUAUUGACUCCAAUGCUCAAACCAUUACCGAAACAAUUGGAGACGAACAUUCUAGGGUUGUUAUCAAUGCAACAUCUUUUAGACUUGCCCUACGUCUUCCCCAAUCAGAAAAUGACUCUGAGACUCCUUCUGAGGAAAAAUGUAAGCCUAUCUGAUCCAUAUUAG